CUUAACUGUCUCGCGAACAACAACUGUGUCACAAGAAGACAGGAGGGCAGAAGAAGGGAUGGCAGGUUUAAAGACAACAAUUGGUAUAUUCUUACAGCACAACAUCCAGCCAGACAUGAAAAGUAAAGACUUUCCUAUGCGGCUACUACUGCCAGUGUCACCCCGCAACGAUGAUAUGCCGAAGCACGCGGGCGAUCAGUUCCCCGACCGCGGGAUCUCUCCGCCCAUACAACACCGGUAUAUAUCUCAGCCAAAGCCAAACCUUCACCUAUUUAAUCCCUUGCGCAUGUCUUCCUUGUGCACGACCUUCCACCCCAGGCAAUUCCAACUCCCAUUGACCACCAUUGUCUAAGUGGUGAGAACUUAUCAGCAGUAUAUCGGAUCAACCGCAGGCCUCCAUAGCAUCCUACUAGCUGCAUAGGACAAGAUGACGAAGGAGAGGCAGUUGUCUGCACAGCAGAUUUCUGAGCACAAGACGCCCGACGACUGUUGGAUUGUGGUGGACAAUCAGGUGUGGGAUGUGACGGAUUUCUUGGAAGAGCAUCCGGGCGGAUCUUCGAGUAAGACCUCAGCGUCACGGUUGACGAUACUACUAGAAUUUGAGACUGACACCUUAACACAAGUUAUCCUAAAGUAUGCCGGACGCGAUGCCACCAGAGCAUACUCUGAAGUUCAUGCUCCCAGUGUCAUCAAGGCACAUCUAUCACCAGAGCGAAAUUUGGGAGUGCUGGAUGAAGCGACAAUUAAUGAGGACUGGUUGAAGCAACCGCCCACUCAGAACCCGCCCUUGCUUCUGGAAAAUGAAAAGCCACCGCUAGACACCCUGAUAAACUCCCAUGAUUUUGAACUGGUCGCAUCGAAGACUGCUAGUAAGAAAACAUGGGCGUUCUAUUCCAGUGCUUCAACAGACCUGAUCACGAGGGAUGCGAACAAGCUGUGCUUUGACCGUAUAUGGCUCCGACCGAGAAUCCUAAAGAAUGUGCGAUCAGUCGACACGAAGACCAAGCUGCUUGGCGUCAAUACCGAGCUUCCGCUCUUCGUUAGCCCGGCAGCAAUGGCGAAGCUCAUCCACCCAGAUGGCGAGUUGGGAAUUGCUAAAGCUUGUGAGAACAAAGGCAUUUUCCAAGGAGUCUCCAAUAAUUCCUCCUAUCCCCUCGAUGAGCUGUGCAGCGCUGCACCAUCGGUAAAUAUGUUCUUUCAGCUAUACGUGAACCGCGAUCGUGAAAAGUCCGCUGCUCUCCUUCGCCAAUGCUCCGCCAAUCCCAACGUCAAAGCUAUUUUCAUCACGGUGGAUGCCGCCUGGCCUGGGAAGCGGGAGGCAGAUGAGCGCGUAAAAGCCGACGAAACACUAUCGGUCCCGAUGGCGCCAUCCAAAGCAAAGAAUGACAAGAAAGGUGGCGGUCUGGGACGAGUAAUGGCAGGAUUCAUCGAUGCCGGACUAACCUGGGAGGAUAUGGCGUGGGUGCGACAGCAUACACAUUUGCCCGUAUGCCUGAAAGGUGUCAUGUCCGCUGAUGAUGCGAUCCUUGCCAUGGAAGCCGGACUCGACGGCAUCCUGUUGAGCAACCAUGGCGGUCGGAAUCUCGAUACCAGCCCACCUUCCAUUGUCACUCUAUUAGAGCUUCACAAGCGGUGCCCGGAGAUCUUCGAUCGGAUGGAGAUUUACGUCGAUGGUGGUAUUCGGCGGGGGACCGACAUUCUUAAAGCAGUGUGUCUGGGUGCAACAGCGGUUGGAAUGGGACGCAGCAUGCUCUUUGCAACUAACUACGGCCAGGAUGGUGUAGAGCAUUUGGUUGAUAUCAUGAGAGACGAGCUCGAGACAGCCAUGCGCAAUGUAGGAAUUACUAGCCUCGACGAGGCUGGUCCCCACCUAGUCAACACAGGAGAUAUAGAUCACCUGGUCCCCAGCUCGGCCACUCAUCCAUACGCACGGAUGGUAGCGAAAGGUAGACGUCCAAUCGGACCAAAGCUAUGAUAUGAAUGAUGAGUUUUAGCCAUAAUUUCUUAGCCAGUUUGGUAAUACAGAAACGCAUCCAUGCCGCUUAGAUAGUCGCAGAAUAUCCCCAUCUCAAGCCACGGAUGUCAGGAUAUUUGAU